AAGAUCUGGGAUUUUCCUUGUUUUGCAACUAUCUCUGCAACCCUUAGCGUAAUAGGUGCAUCUAUUCACACUAAUUUCGGGCUAUUAUUUCACCUGCAGAUCAAAGAAAAAUCAGAUCGAGGGAAAACUGUAUAAGUAGGAGACGGGUGUGGAAGACACAUAGGAGCGUUUAUUUUCUCUCUACACUAUGGCUAGUGAACCUUCGAGCACCACUAUAGCCAGUGAACCUUCGACCAGCACUUCUGAAAUUCGAACAGAUGCUACGGAGGUUUUCCAACUUGAAGCACUCUCAUUAAAUUACCUUCGAAAUCAAGACAUUUCAACUAUACCCUACGAGAAAGACCUCCCGAAACUUAAUCCAUGUAGUCUUUGCAACAAAGGCAUUCUCACGUUUCGAUUACAGGCAUUUACGGUAUUGUCCUGUAGGCACAUCUUUCACAGGAUAUGUCUUGGAGAAUAUAUUGCACAAGGAGAAACGACAAACCCAUUAUGUCCUUUGUGUCCCUUCACUAUUGAAUUGUUUAGAGAAGAAGCAGUACUCGCCUCUGGAAAAUAUCAUCUUCAGAUGAAACAAACUGACACUGGACAGGGUGAUGAGGAGCUCAUGGAUUCGCUAGGAUUGGUAGAAGAUGACUCUCGUGCUGGACAAGGGAGUCAAUCGAAGCAAGUCACUAAGGCUGUGAAGAUAGAGUUAAGGCGAUUAGGGAAAGUGAUAGUAGGUUGA